UGCAGUAUUUGUCAUCGUGCGAGUAUAUAUAAGCCGACGUAAAUGGGCGCCGCUCAUUCAGUCAGGGAUGGUAUAGCAAAAUGCAACCGUCGGAACGGAGCGCAAUGCGUUCUUUGAUAAUAUUGCUAUUCCUCACUGCUGCCAGAGGAAUAGGACUCGAGAAAGCUACCAAAAAUGGCGUUGUUAAUAUAGAUUUUGCGGAUAAUUCUAACUUGGUGAUUUUCAACCUCACGAAAAAUGACGGCACGACCAUGCUUAAUACCUUUUUCACGAGAAGUACAUUGGCUAGACAGCAGAGUCCUUCCGUGCUCGAGAACUGCGGUGACAACAAAGUGUGUCUAACAAAUUACAUUGGACAGACGGAUUUCGAAAUCAAUCCCGAUAAGGAAAUCAUCACUAUCAGUCGUACUCUCAAUGAUCCCAACGAUGAAAUCAUCGAUUGUUUCCAACUCACUCGCGACACGCAAUGGUUUGGCGGGCCGCAACUUCGCAAUCAACACUGGCCCGUGCAGAAUACGUACUUUAAUGAGGAGCCGUAUCUGCCGACGCACCCUGCGAACAUGGCAAUAGCCGAGCGUUACUGGCUGUCCGGCAAUGGGAUUUAUAUUUACGUGAACGAGGAGAGCCCGCUGUUCAUCGAUCAGAACAAUUAUCGGGAUAAGUACCUGUGCAUGAUCGCCAAAAACAAGGCGCCAUAUCAGCAUCGCGACUCCAUCGAGAUUACCUACACAUUGGGUGUCUUCUCGGAUGCGAAAGCUGCUCAUCAACACGCGGUGAACAAUAAUCUGGGUAAGCCGAAAGGUCACCCCAAUGAACGGAUGAUCCGGUAUCCCAUAUGGUCCACCUGGGCCAGGUACAAGGCCAACGUCAGCGAGAAAGUGGUGGAAACCUAUGCGGACGAGAUCGUUGCUAAUAAUUUCACGAACAGCCAGAUUGAGAUCGACGACAACUGGGAGACCUGCUACGGCUCCGCCGAGUUCGAUCCCGUCAAGUUUCCCGACGUUCCCGCUCUCGUACAACGACUCAAGGCCAAGGGUUUUCAUGUCACCCUGUGGAUACAUCCGUUCAUCAACCGGAAUUGCGAGUCCGCGUACGCUUUCGCGCUGAACAAUUCUUAUUUCGUCAAAAAUCUCGAAGGAGACGUUCAAAUGUCGUGGUGGCAGGGCUCAGACGCCUCCACGAUUGACUUCACGAAUCCGAAUGCGGUAACGUGGUGGGUGGGGCGAUUGAAACGUCUUCAGGGACUCGGUAUCGAUAGUUUCAAGUUCGAUGCUGGCGAGGUGUCCUGGUUACCACAGGUGCCCUCGCUGAGCGGUGAUCUCAAGAUGCAGCCAGGUAUAUUCACGAAGAAGUACACCAGCGAGCUCGCAAACAACUUCGAUGACACCAUUGAAGUGCGGGUGGGAUGGCGGAGCCAGGAAUUACCGAUAUUCGUGCGCAUGAUCGACAAGGACACCGGGUGGACGUGGAACAACGGUUUACCUACGCUGAUCACGACGCUGCUACAGAUGAAUCUCAACGGGUACGUCCACGUGCUACCGGACAUGAUCGGCGGCAACGGCUACUUGAACGGGUCACUCAACGGAACGGUAUAUCCCUCCAAAGAGAUAUUCAUCAGAUGGAUGCAGGCCAACGUCUUCAUGCCGUCGCUACAGUAUUCCUUCGUGCCAUGGGAUUACGAUGAUGAAACCGUCGCUAUCUGCAAAGAAUAUACCGAAUUGCACGAUAACUAUAAGGACGAAAUUCUAAAAGCCAUGCAGCAGGCUAUCGAUAACGGCACUCCCGUAAAUCCACCUAUCUGGUGGAUUGAUCCAAGCGACAAGGAAGCUCAUAAGAUUAAUGACGAAUAUCUCCUUGGAGAAUCUAUACUGGUCGCUCCGGUAAUCCAAGAGGGUGUCAACAGACGCAAUAUCUAUCUACCUAAGGGAAUAUGGAAAGAUGUAAAUCGAGGAGGACCAAAUCACGAAGGACCGAAGUGGUUGGAGAACUAUUAUGCUCCUUUAGAAGUACUUCCAUACUUCGAGAAAGUAGACGAGAAUUAAAAGAUUUUCAAUAUAAAAUGUUUAUUUGUGUACAAAUGUAUAAAAAUUGUCUUGCAACAUGUCACAGAUUUUUAUUCCGAGAUUGCAUGUGUUUUCUCUUCAUAUAUGAAGAUUUAAUGUUAAUCAGAGAAAGCCAAGCAAGAAAUAAAUUCGCUACCUGCUUACCAGUAA